AUGUUGCGAGUUCCCCGACACUUUAUUCGAAUGGUCGAGUUCCCCGGCUCGCUGUUUUGUGUCCUGAAAACAGAAAGCUGUGCAGGUAUAAAUACCUGGGCCAUGGAGGAUCCAAAACACACAGAUCUGCUCUGGGGAACGAAGAGGACGUGCAUCUUGAACCCUCAGACAUCGCGACAGAAUUACGAUGGGAACAGGUAAGGACACGACGACUUCUUUGCUUCGACACUGUGGCUCAAGUUAUAGAGUCGAGUGUGUGAUCGGUUCCUUCGGAUCGGGGUAACUGCGAUGGCUUUGUUGCAGCAGGUUGGACUAGAUUACUCUUGGGAUCCCUUCCAACUCUACCACUCGAUGAUACAUUGGAGGUCUUCCAACAGAGGUUGGGCGGCGAUCAGUCGGGGAUUCCUUAGUUGUGAUUCCUCACUGCAGGGGAUUGGAUUAGAUGACCCCCAGGAAACCUUGCAACUCUGCAGGUCUAUGAUUCUGAUUAGUUCUGUACCCUUUUGCACUGCGAACCCCGUGUUUUGCACCAGACCCCAAACCAGUUAACUGACACUCAAACCAGGGGUCCGAGGUAUCCCCCCAAAAAACCCAAAGCUGCCCAAUUGAAACAAACUGGUGCCAAACUUUUGCACUCAUUCUGCAACCUUUUGCACCGUGAACCCUGUGUUUUGCACCGGACCCCGAACCAAUUAACUGGCACUCAAACCAGGGGUCCGAGGUAUCCCACAAAACCCCAACAUUGUCCAAUUCGUUCCAAAGUGGUGUCAAAUUUUUCCAAUAAUUUUGCACCCUUUUGCACCGUGAAACCCAUGUUUUGCACCGGACCCCAAACGAAUUAACUGACGCUCAAACCAGGGGUCUGAGGUAUCCCCAAAAAAAACCCCAAAGCUGUCCAAUUGAAACAAGCUGGUGCCAAACUUUUGCACUCAUUCUGCACCCUUUUGCACCGUGAACCCCGUGUUUUGCACCAGACCCCAAACCAAUUAACUGGCACUCAAACCAGGGGUAAUUGGUAUCCCACAAAACCCUGACUUUGUCCAAUUUGUUCCAAAGUGGUGCCAAAUUUUUGCAAUAGUUUUGCACCCUUUUGCAGCAGCCCCCAAACAGAGUAAUUGUGGCUCAAGCCAAGGUCAAGGUAUCCCCCCCCAAAAAAAUCCCCACAUUGUCUGAUUCACUCCAAACUGGUGCCAAACCUUUGCACUUGUUCUGACUCUUUUGUACCACAAACCCCGCAUUUUGCACCAGCCCACAAACUGAGUAACUUACUCAAACUGGGGGGGGGGGCGUCGUUAUCCCCCCCCCCAAAUAAACCCCUCAACAUUCUCCAAUUCACUUCAAACUGGUUCCAAACUAUUGUAAUCGUUUUGCACCCUUUUGCACCACAAACGCCACAUUCUGCAGCGGCCCCCCAAAUUGAGUAACUGACACUCAAACCAUGGGGUCAUAGAUAUCCCCCCCAAAAAAAUAACUCCACCAUUGUCCUCUUCACUCCAAACUAUUGCAAAAGUUUGGCACCCGAUCGGAGUUUACUGGGUACUCCAUGUCACAGCUUUCCAUUUUCAGGACUCGACACAGCGAGUUGGCGAACUCUCCCGCCACAGGGUUCGGAGAGCAGGCAGAGCAAAGCGAAAAUAGGUGACAGGUGCUGGCUGUGAGCCAGAGGAAUUCCCAUGUGUUGUUAGCCAAGUCAGUGCCUAGAGGUGAUGUCACGCUUGCAGCACAAAAGGUAUUCUGCCCUGGCAGGAAGAGGAAAAAUAGGCGUGCCGUCUGGUUCACCGCCCUGGAAUCUUUCAGCUUGGCGCAGAACGGGGGAGGGGGAGGCAAACCAUGGGUUUUGCGAUGCAAGUUUGCAAAGGUUUGGCACCCGUUUGGAAUGAAUCGGACAAUGUUAGCUUUUUGGUCUCAACUAUGAUGCAGGUGGCGCUGUGGGAUAAACCACAGAGCCUAGGACUUGCCAAUCGGAAGGUCGGCAGUUCAAAUCCCUGUGACGGGGUGAGCUCCCGUUGCUCGGCCCCUGCUCCUGCCAACCUAGCAGUUCGAAAGCACGAAGUGCAAGUAGAUAAAUAGGUACCACUCCGGCGGGAAGGUAAACGGCGUUUCCGUGCGCUGCUCUGGUUCGCCAGAAGCGGCUUAGUCAUGCUGGCCACAUGAGCUGUGCAGAAGCGGAGCCUCUGGUUACGGAUUUUUCUGGGUGAGCACGGCACCCAGAAAUGAAUUAAAUCCGUAACCAGAGGUACCACUGCACUCAGUUGGGGGGUCAGUGGAAAACACAGGGGUGAAAUCUGAGCGGCUCCCAGUGUAUCGCUGAGUCCAAACUAGCUAGAGGGCACCAGGUUGACAAAGACAGGGUCAGAGAGCAAAGUGUGUCCCUCCUACGAGGCGGCCUGGUGGGAGAAACAAGCGAGAAUCGUUUCAGAAGCAAAGGCAGCAUGCUGUUUUCUCUAGAAUUCUUGAUUCCAUGCAUAUGCAAAUGCGUGCAGAUUUUAAUUGGCUCAGUUCACCUCCUAAAACUUAUACAAGUAAUCAGCUGGAAUGGAGUGGGUGCGAAAGUGCGAAAGGGAGGGAAGAGGAGAGCGUCUGUGUGCCUUUUAGCAGCUGGAGAGGGGCAGAAAUUCAAUCCGUACAGCUUUUUUUGAUAAGGGAGCUGCACCUGUUGGAUUUCCGCCUGCCGGACAGCUCUUUAAGGCAGGGCAUCUCUGUGGGGCAGGUGGGGUGGCAUAAGUGCACAGCGGCCUUCUCCAACCCGGUGCUUUUCAGGGGUGGUGUAGCGGUUAGGGUGGUGGGUUAGGACCAGGGAGAGAACCUGGUUCGAAUCCACCCCACUCAACAGGGGGAGUAACAAGAAGAGCUGCGCCUGUUGCAUUUGGGCUGCCAGGAUUAAGUGAGAAGGGGCAGAAACACACCUGCUGCCUUGAGCUCUUUGGAGAAACGGGUGGAAUAUAAAUAUAAAUCGCUGGAUCGUCUAGUCCAGCCCCCACUGUGCAGGAAUCGGGGGGUUGGACUAGAUGACCCUGGGGUUCCCUUCUAACUAAUUCCAUGAUUCUGUGAUUCUAUAAGCUCAGUUGGGGCAUUGCCGCUGGUAUCCCUUCCAACCCUACAAUUCUAGGAUUCUGCGAGGCUCUUAAUUUUAGGGUCUUGGGUUCGAGUCCUACAAUGGUAAAAGAUUCCUGCAUUGCAAGAAGUUAGGACUAGAUAACUUAUGUGGUCCCUUCCAACUCUAGAAGUCAUUGUCCCUGCAUGGAUAUUGAAGAGAGCCAAAUGCAAAAGAUAUUUCUGCUCCAAAUAAUAAUACAGUGGUACCUCGGGUUACAUACGCUUCAGGUUACAUACGCUUCAGGUUACAGACUCCGCUAACCCAGAAAUAGUGCUUCAGGUUAAGAACUUUGCUUCAGGAUGAGAACAGAAAUUGUGCUCCGGCGGCGCAGCAGCAGCAGGAGGCCCCAUUAGCUAAAGUGGUGCUUCAGAUUAAGAACAGUUUCAGGUUAAGAACGGACCUCCGGAACGAAUUAAGAACUUAACCCGAGGGUACCACUGUAAUAGUAGUAAUAAUAACAACAAUAAGAAUAAUAAGAAUAAGAAUACGGAUGCCUUGGACCACAGCUGGGCUGGUGGGUCAGCACCUGCAGAGCUCUAGGUUGGAGAAGCCUGGUGUGCGCUGCCAGAAACGGAGGACAGGUGUCUCGGCACACCUGCCGGUUUCUCUGCUCUUUGAAGAACCCGCCAGUCACCUUUCGCAAAGGUCUCUGGGGGGGUCAGCUCCCCAAACCCUGCCGCCUUCCCCCCACCACACAAACACGUAUACCCCAGACCCCCAUUCCUUGCCAGGACACCCCGGCGGCAAGAUCCCUCUUAACCUUAUGCUAAUUGCCCAAUUACUCACCUUCCCCAUGCAAAUGUAGCUACAGAGGAAUAAUUGAAGCCCUAAACAGUGACAAAUGAUUCUGGCUCCGGAGGACGAGAAGCGUCGAGGCAAUUAUCUCCCAGCGCUUCUCAAAACCCAUCUUUCCUUUCCAAUAUUUUAUUUAUCAGAGUUUUCCCUCUCCGUGGUGGUAAUGGUGCAAUUAGCCGUCUCCCAGGAACACCCAGCAGGGCGGCUGGGGAACGAGGGCAUCCAUUUGGCCCCAAAGUCUUCCUCCUCCCUAGUCAACAAAGUCUCCUCCUGGAAUCUCAUUCACAUGCCUUUCGCCCCAAAAUACCCACCUGCCUAGAGGUUGGGGCCCCCCAAGAUGUAAUCCCAAGGAAAGGGGGCUAGGACCAGCCAGGAUCCGUCUCUUAAUGACUCUCAUAGAAUCACAGAAUCGUGGAAUUGUAGAGUUAGAAGGGAACCCCGGGCUCAUCUAGUCCAGCCCCCACUGUGCAAGAAUCUGGGGGGUUGGACUAGAUGUCUCUGGGUGUCCCUUCCAACUCUACAGUUCCAUGAUACUAGGCCAUGCCACAGGUAGCCAAUGACCUUGAGAUGUUGUGAAGUUCCAAAUCCCAACAGCCCCUCUCCAACCCAGCUUGACCAACAGUUGUGGAUGAUGGGUGUUGUGUUGUUGUUGUUUAGUCGUUUAGUUGUGUCUGCCUCUUCAUGACCCCCUGGACCAGAGCACGCCAGGCACUCCUGUCUUCCACUGCCUCCCGCAGUUUGGUCAAACUCAUGCUGGUAGCUUUGGUCAAACUCAUGCUGGUAGCUCCAUCUUUCCCAACAUCAGGGUCUUUUCCAGGGAGUCUUCUCAUGAGGUGGCCAAAGUCUUGGAGCCUCAGCUUCAGGAUCUGUCCUUCCAGUGAGCACUCAGGGCUGAUUUCCUUCAGAAUGGAGAGGUUUGAUCUCCUUGCAGUCCAUGGGCCUCUCAAGAGUCUCCUCCAGCACCAGAAUUCAAAAGCAUCCAUUCUUCGGCGAUCAGCCUUCUUUAUGGUCCAGCUCUCACUUCCAUACAUCACUACUGGGAAAACCAUAGCUUGAAUUAUACGGACCUUUGCUGGCAAGGUGAUGUUUGUCAUUGCUUUCAGUUGCACGUUACCCUCCUCCAAAAAGAAACGAGAGCAAAAGAGGGCAAAUUGCAAAGCGUUGUUGGCACCUGCUGGUUUAUACGCAGAGGUUUCAAUUGCAAAAAUAAUGUAAAGAGAAAUCCACAGCGAGUCAUGAUCCCGUGAGCUGUGCACCUGUUUAGUCCAGGAUCUAGCAGUGGGCAGGCGAUUUCAUGGAAGCUCCUGCACUCCUUUCUUUCAGAAGAAGUAGAGCUCUCCUUCACAGAAUUAUAGAAUCAUAGAAUUGUAGAUUUGGAAGGGAGACCAGGAAUCAUAUAGUCCAACCCUCUGCAAUGCAGGAAUGUGAAACUGUCCCUUAUGAGGAUCAAACCUACAACCUUGGCGUUAUCAGCACCAAGUUCGAACCAGGGACGCGGGUGGCGCUGUGGCCUAAACCACUGAGCCUCUUGGGCUUGCUGACCAGAAAGUCGGCGGUUCGAAUCCCCACGACGGGGUGAGCUCCCGUUGCUCGGUCCCUGCUCCUGCCAACCCAGCAGUUUGAAAGCACACCAGUGCAAGUAGAUAAAUAGGUACCAUUGCGGUGGGAAGGUAAACCGGUGUUUCCGUGCGCACUGGUUUCCGUCACAGUGUCCCGUUGCGCCAGAAGUGGUUUAGUCCUGCUGGCCACAUGACCCGGAAAGCUGUCUGUGGACAAAUGCCGGCUCCCUUGGCCUGAAAGCGAGAUGAGCGCCGCAACCCCAUAGUUGCCUUUGACUGGACUUAACUGUCCAGGGGUCCUUUACCUUUUUAUGUUCGAACCAAGUGCACUAUCUAGGCUUCUUUGGAGUUUUUUGGGUUUUUUAACAAAGGCCAGGGAUUCUCUAGCUGUGGUUCCUGCAUUGCAGGGGGGUUUGACUAGAGACCGUUGGGGUCUCCCAGUCUAUGAGUCUAUGACUCACCACGCAAUGCUUUUUCCCAAAGGCGCCCGCUCGCCUUUGAAGAACUGGAUUAGCCUCAGCAGCAGCAUCCCAUGCAAAGCGCACCAAUUAAUUCUGCUGCCCCACAUGCGCCGUCGCAGCUGGUGGGCGCCCUCCUUUCCACAUGUUGUGUUUUAAGGAAGUUGGAGGCGACCGAAACCACAAGUCAGAGAGGGGAGGACCCAGUAGGAACAGGGGUUUAGCAGAGGAGGCUGGAGCCCCUGGCGACGCUCGGCUUAGGAAGGGAAAGGCGAUUAUGUGCCCAGCCCGUUUAAUGAUGCUCUUCAGAUUUUAAAAGGCUGUCAUGAAGGCAACGGAAAGCUAUUAUUCUUCCUUGUCGCUGAAAGCCACGCUCACCCGGGCAAGGUGCAAUGGGCUUUCUGCCGCGAGGAAGUGGAUCAAGGAUGUCUCGGCAGGAGUAUUGAGGAGGAUAAAGUGGUUGCUUCGAGCCCUAAGGUCUGCAGAAACGGGGGUCUAUUUCCAGGCUGGCUUGCCCCACAGUCCCUCAUUCACACUAAAGACCUCCAGUGCAUUGAUUUGCAGCUUUGCAAUCCCAGGGAGAGUCUGUGACAGUUUGCAGGUCAUCCUCCCUCCAAAAAACCCUGCUUCUCCCCAUCUCACGGAGGUCAAGGUUCUCAAGCACUACUAGCCAUAGCGGCUGGGCUCUGCCUCCACGGCUGGAGCCAGUAAAUGCCUCUGAACGCCAGCUUUGUUAUUACACCCAUUUCACAGAAGGGAAAACCAGUUUCUGGAAAUCAUCCUCUGGAGGCGAGCAAACCAGCCCUUCAAAUCAGUAUGGGAUUUGGCCUGUGGUUAUAACCAACCACAGGGGAAUUAGCAUCACGGGACGGCAGAGCAGGGAGGGACACCCAAAGGCCAUCGAGCCCAUCCCCCUGUCAUGCAGGAAUCGUGGCUAAAAAGAGGACUGUGCAAAAGAAACCAAAGAAGCAUUUGAAAGGGUCACUCUCAGUGAUGACCCCCUUUUACCCCUCCCACUGCCGUCCUGCUUCGCAGGGGCGCCAUCUUGGGCUCCAGUUUAUGGGAGCCCAGCAUGCUGCAAUGUCUUGACAUGACAUCAUGACAUCACGCGCCCCACAGCCUCGGAACCUGACUUCUGGUCUGGGGUGUUGCAAAGGGGGUGGGUUGGUGGUCUGCCCCAGGUGUCACAGCUGGGGUGUGUGUGUGACAAAAUCCCCCCAAGCGGAUUGGCAUUGCGGCGCUCACAACCCCGGAGGGCGGAUUUUCGUGAUUGGUGUGAUUGGCUCACAACGCCGACGUGCAGUGCUGACAUGGUUUUAUGUGACCGUCGUUUGGAUUUGUGCGAUCCGCGGGAACUUUGGGGUAUCCUAAAAAAGCUAAAGAACUCUGGGCAACCUUCCUGAAAAACAGCUGACCUUGCUGUGCCUCUGCUUCCGGUCUCACAAGGCCUCAGAGAUGCUGUCCAAGGUCUCAUAUCUACGGGACCGCCUCUCCUGUUAUGCCCCGCAGAAGACCUUAAGGUCCAUGAAUAACCACAGUUUAGAGGUCCCAGGCCCUAAGGAAGUCAGACUAACCUCCACCAGGGCCAGGGCCUUCUCAGUGAUGGCUCCGACCUGGUGGAAUGCUGUUCCAGGAGACUAGGGCCCUUCAGGAUUUAACCUCCUUCUGCCGGGCCUGUAAGACAGAGCUAUUCCGCCUGGCCUUUAAUUUGAAUUCAGCCUGAUCUUUUAUUUCCCUUCUCUUCCCUCCCCCUCCCCUUUUAUGAAGAUCACCCGCUCUGAGACCCCACAGCUAAUUCUCCCCUGGUGUCGUCGCUGGCCCAAGUAGGACCAAUUCAGCCAGCUAGCCCUGGGGAUUAUCUGAUUGAUUAUUUUUGAAUUUUAUUGUUAUUCAUGUUUUUAUACCGUAUUUUAUGCUGCUUUAUAAUUAAGUGUUUUAAAGUGUUUUAAAUUUGUUGUUAGCCGCCCUGAGCCCGGUUUUUGAACCGGGAAGGGCAGGGUAUAAAUAAAAAUAUUAUUAUUAUUAUUAUUAUUCAUAAGGUAUUGGAGCCUGAUUUCUGGUGGCUUUGCAAGGCACCAAAAGUUACAUCGGGGGGCCCUGUGAUGUGGGUGCUGAGGGCCUCCUAUAGUUGGUGCUCCUGUUGCUUAACCGACUCCCUCGCUGCCUCGUGAAAACAAUUCACCUUCCAGCUAUUCCCCACCUCGCCAUCUUCCUUCUCUUCUCCCACCCCCCGAUUAUCAAAACGUCUGCCAGGCUCCAUUAAACGCGGCAACAAUGUGAGACUCCCUGCCAAUUUCAUUCGUGAGCAACGCCAUCCGCUGUGUUUAGCGUCAAUUAGUGGCGGUCAGGAUUCAGCCCUCGCUGCAUUUUGGAGGACUAGGUUUUGCCCCGCCUCAAGCCAAACCUCAUCCGUGCCUCCCGACACACACACACACCCUCCUUUGAGAAAAUACGGUGUCGGUUUAAGAUGCCGGUAAACCCAAGUGGGAUUUUUAAUUACCGGCCUGCGAGGGGGAUAUUAAUGUCCCGAAUCAACCCAUGUCUGCGCUGGGAGCCAUUAACGGCAGGCCUUGCCUGGCGUUCCUUUAGAUCUCGCACAAAGCCAAGCCGCCUGGCACAGGGCACAACACCAGAGCUGUUUGUGAUUCCAUAAUGACACAGAUUAGUGGCCUUUCAGGAACUAUAAACCCAAGGAUGCAAAGCAGAGAGGAAUCUGGCUGCAAACAGCUGUGUGAUUAAGGAGCAUAUGAAUCUGCGCUGAGCGGGUCCCAGCUCAGCGUGGAAUUGCUUUGGAACGGGUUCCGGGUGCGGAAACAAAGGGCGAAGCCCCGAGAAGUGAUUGCCUUCAAAUGCCAUCGCCAAAGGGCAGGGAAUCAUAAAAUCAUAGAAGUGGAAGGGACCCCUGGGGUCAUCCAGCCCAACCCCCUGCGAUGCAGGAAUCUCAGCUGAAGCAUCCAUGACAGAUGGCCCUCCAACCUUCGCUCAAAAACCGCCAAGGAAGCAGAGUCCACCACAUCCCAAGGGAGGCCGUUCAGGUGGUCCUUAAAAGCUUUGCACACGAGGCUGAAGGAUUGAGAGAGAGGGCAUCUGAUUUCUCCCAAGAACAAAAGGCCUUAGGGUCGCAUCCGCACACCUUCCACUGGGUGUUCUGGGUUUGGGCUGGGUGUUCAUCAGUAUGCAGAUGACACGCAGCUCUACCUCUCUUUUAAAUCAGAACCGGUGAAGGUCCUGUGUGAGUGUCUGGAGGCGGUUGGAAGAUGGAUGGCGGCUAACAGAUUGAGGUUGAAUCCUGACAAGACAGAAGGACCAUUCUUGAGGGACAGAGGGUGGUGUGGUGUGGAGGACUCCCUGGUCCUGAAUGGGGCAACUGUGCCCCUGAAGGACCAGGUGUGCAGCCUGGGAGUCAUUUUGGACUCACAGCUGUCCAUGGAGGCGCAGGUCAAUUCUGUGUCCAGGGCAGCUGUCUACCAGCUCCAUCUGGUACGCAGGAUGAGACCCUCCCUGCCCGCAGACUAUCUAGCCAGAGUGGUGCAUGCUCUGGUUAUCUCCCGCUUGGACUACUGCACUGCGCUCUGUGUGGGGCUACCUUUGAAGGUGACCCAGAAACUGCAAUUAAUCCAGAAGGCAGCAGCUAGACUGGGGACUGGGAGCGGCCGCCAGGACCACAUAACACCGGUCCUGAGAGAUCUGCAUUGGCUCCCAGUAUGUUUCCAAGCACAAUUCAAAGCGUUGGUGCUGACCUUGAAAGCCCUAAACGGCCUCAAAGGCCCAGUAUACCUGAAGGAGCGUCUCCACCCCCAUCGUUCAGCCCGGACACUGAGGUCCAGCUCCAAGGGCCUUCUGGCGGUUCCCUCACUGCGAUAAGUGAGGUUACAGGGAACCAGGCAGAGGGCCUUCUCGGUAGUGGCUCCCGCCCUAUGGAACACCCUCCCUUCAGAUGUGACGGAAAUAAGGAGCUAUCUUAUCUUUAAAAGACAUCUGAAGGCAGCCCUGUUUAGGGAAGUUUUUAAUAUUUAAUGCUGUAUUGUUUUUCACAUUCGAUUGGGAGCCGCCCAGAGCUGCUGGGCAAACUCAGCCAGAUGGGCGGGGCAUAAAUAAUAAAUAAAUUAUUAUUAUUAUUACUAUUAUUCCACUUAAAAUGCUGUGAGACCAGUGUAAAGAGGCAUGGAUUCUUCCGCCAGAGAAUCACAGAAUCAUAGAUAUAUUGCAAGGGGCACCCAAGUGUCAUCUAGUCCAACCCGCUGCAAUGCAGGAAUCUCAGCUGGGGGGGGGGAUCCCUGACAGAGAGCCACACAACCUCUACUCAGAAACUUCCAAGGAAGGACCGUCCACAACCUCUGGGGGGAAAUCCUGGGAACUGUAGUUUGAUAAGGGUGCGGAGUGUCGUUAGGAGACACCCCCCCCCCAAUUCCUCUCCCAGAAUCUCCCAAUAUCUCUCAGUGCCCUUAUCAAACUACAGUUCCCGGGAUUUGGAGGGGGAGCUGGUGCCCUCCAAUUGUUACCGGACUACAAUUCCCACCAGCCCUGAGCUUUGGGCUAUGCAAAAAGGCAGCAAUCCUGUAAACUGGGAGUCAGUUUUCAAAGCUUUUAGAACAAUGGGAUAUUGGGAAUUCUGUGGGAAGAGGGUGGGCGAUGUCAUUCCUGGUUUGAGGGACAACCUUCAUCUCCCGCUUCUCUCGAUUCAGCUCCUGUGAAGCGGAUUCUGCUGGCAGCCGCGGCCGUGAUUUUGUUUCUGGAAAUCUAUCGGGCGGAUGGAGCUUCCAUCAACUGGUGCUUCUUCGGCGACUUCUCGCCCCCGAAAGUGACGAAGGCCUUCAAAGAACUUACGUACAAAUACGUAAGUAGGAUGAAUUAUUUGUUUCUUAUGUGAUUUGCACCCCUCCGUUUUCUCCAGAGAGCUCAAGGUGGCUCUCCUGCACCCAGGGAGCUGGGCAUGUUUAGCCUGGAGAAGAGGAGGUUAAGGGGUGAUAUGAUAGCCAUGUUCAAAUAUAUAAAAGGAUGUCACAUAGAGGAGGGAGAAAGGUUGUUUUCUGCUGCUCCAGAGAAGCGGACACGGAGCAAUGGAUCCAAACUACAAGAAAGAAGAUUCCACCUAAACAUUAGGAAGAACUUCCUGACAGUAAGAGCUGUUCGACAGUGGAAUUUGCUGCCAAGGAGUGUGGUGGAGUCUCCUUCUUUGGAGGUCUUUAAGCAGAGGCUUGACAACCAUAUGUCAGGAGUGCUCUGAUGGUGUUUCCUGCUUGGCAGGGGGUUGGACUCGAUGGCCCUUGUGGUCUCUUCCAACUCUAGGAUUCUAGGAUUCUAUGAUUCUACCUCCUUGUUUAAUCCCCUGCGAGGUAGGAUAGGCUGAGAUUGAAUGACUGGCCUCACCCAUGGAGAACCCCCAAAAUACAUUAUGAAAACAUACAUUCCCACACAUUCAGCUUCUCCCAGUAAGGUAAAGGUAAAGGGACCCCUGACCAUUAGGUCCAGUCACGAACGACUCUGGGGUUGCGGUGCUCAUCUCGUUUUACUGGCCGAGGGAGCCGGCGUACAGCUUCCAGGUCAUGUGGCCAGCAUGACUAAGCUGCUUCUGGCAAACCAGAGCAGCGCAUGGAAACGCCAUUUACCUUCCCGCCAGAGCGGUACCUAUUUAUCUACUUGCACUUUGACGUGCUUUCGAACUGCUAGGUGGGCAGGAGCAGGGACCGAGCAACGGGAGCUCACACCGUCACGGGGAUUCGAACCGCCGACCUUCUGAUCGGCAAGUCCUAGGCUCUGUGGUUUAACCCACAGCACAUUCAACUUAUCCCAGUACCCAUCUACAAAACCUUUUAUCAUGAAGCAAUUCACAAACUAGCAUAAACCCACCUAGGAUAAGUCUGUCGGUAGAGCAUGAAACCCGUAACGUCAGGGUUGUGGGUUCGAGACUGCAUUGCAGAGGGUCAGGCCAGAUGACCCUUGAGGUCCCGACCGGCCUUUGGUUUUCCAGACGAAACGAAGCUCCCAAAUUCUCUUGCAAAGGUGCCUUUCUGCUUUGAUCCGCUUGCCAGUCUCAAUUUGCGCACCGUUUUCGUUUUGUUCUUUUCUGUAAGGGCGAUACACCACCCUCUCUUGCUCCCAUUUCCUCACCUCUUAAGCCCUUCCAGAAUGUAGCAAUAUAACCCUAUGUGCAGCCAACCCAAGAAAAAUCCAAUUAGUGGCUUAUCCCCGCCUUAAACCUGCUUGUCAUUUAAAUAGAGGUUCUUAUGUUUUCAUAAAGGGUUUUUAAACAAAUGUGUGUUAAGGCAGGCAUGAUGCCAAACAACCUACAAGGCAGGCUGCCAUAAACUGGGUGCUCCCAAAAGAUUUUGAAAGCGCCCAGAUUGCGGAAAGAAAAUUCACCUGCAGGGCUGGGCGAUAUCUGGUUUUCAGCAUUGUGAUAGAUCACCAGAUAAACAUUGCAAGAUACCGAUAAAUCACAAUGUCCGAAAUAAGGAUGGAGCUAUGCAGAAGCUUCACGAUUUUCCUCACAUCACGAUUUUUGCAUAGCGCAGACACACACAUCAUGAUUCGCGAUAUAUUGCCAGGUCAAAAAUUACGAAACUGAUCUCAGGAUAUGGACUCAAACCAGUUUGGGAGAAUACAGUGGUGCCUUGGUUUGCGAACAGUCUGGUUUGCAUACGUUUUAGAUUACGAACAGGUCAAAACCGAAAGCGUGUGUCCCAGUUUGCGAACUUUUUUGGGAUUACGAACAAAUUUUUUUGGAUUAUGAACUAAUUUUUUUGGAUUAUGAACACAUUUUUUUGGGAGGCCCCACUGGCAAAAGCGUGUCUUGGGUUACGACCUGUUUUGGUUUACGAAUGGACAUCCAGAUUUACGGAUUGUGCUCGUAAACCAAGGUACCACUGCAUGUCGAAAUAUGCCCUAUUCUCCUGACAGCAUCGUGCCACUGACCUACAUAGUUCCUGCAUUGCCGGGGGUUGGACUGGAUGACCUUUGGGGUCCCUUCCAUCUCUACAACCCCAUGAUUCUGUGACCUGUUUUGAUCACGGCAUGUCGUCAAGGAGGCCCUAACUUGCUGCCAAGGAGUGUGGUGGAGUCUCCUUCUUUGGAGGUCUUUAAGCAGAGGCUUGACAACCAUAUGUCAGGAAUGCUCUGAUGGUGUUUCCUGCUUGGCAGGGGGUUGGACUCGAUGGCCCUUGUGGUCUCUUCCAACUCUAGGAUUCUAUGAUUCUAUGAUUCUAACUUUGCUUCUGUGCCUUGUCAUUCCAGGAGGACUUGAGAAAAGAGUCUCAGCCAUGGAGGAACUGCUCCAGGGAGCAUCUCAGGUGGCCCAAAGCAUCUCUGGACAACGUGAGUGAGCCCUGUUUUCCUUGGGGGUGGGGAAGCAUCGCACAUGAGCCCCAUUCUGUCCCACACGCCGCCUGCCAUGGCGGAGAGAGCCAGGACCUGAGACGGGUGGGGUGUCCUCGUUUAGAUGCAGGAAAAUGUAUCUAAGAGAGAUUUAGGUAAAGGGUAAAGGGGCCCCUGACCAUUAGGUCCAGUUGUGGCCGACUCUGGGGUUGCGGCGCUCAUCUCGCUUUAUUGGCCGAGGGAGCCGGCGUACAGCUUCCGGGUCAUGUGGCCAGCGGACUAAGCCACUUCUGGCGAACCAGAGCAGCGCACGGAAACGCUGUUUAGCUUCCCUCCGGAGCGGUACCUAUUUAUCUACUUGCACUUUGAUGUGCUUUCGAACUGCUAGGUUGGCAGGAGCAGGGACAGAGCAACGGGAGCUCACCCCGUCGCGGGGAUUCGAACCGCCGACCUGCUGAUCGGCAAGUCCUAGGCUCUGUGGUUUAACCCACAGCGCCACCCGCGUCCCAAGAGAGAUUUGGAGAAGCCUAUUUUGGCCACAAAUAGCCAUAACCCAGGCAACCAAAGCCACCAAGAGGAUAGAGAGACUCCUCAGUGAGGGAACGUUGCAGCGUUUGGGACGUUUCAGAGGAGAAGAGAGGCAGACGAGACAGCAGUUUAUGAAGUUAUACACGGCACGGGAAAAGUGGAGAGAGAGGAAGAAAUUUUCCUACCUGUCUCAUAACAUGAGAACUUGUGGACAUCCUGCUGGGAGAUUCACGUGAAAGAAACCACUAAACAGCAUGCGGUUAGACUGUGGAACUCCCUGCCACAGGAGGCUGUCGAUGGCUCCUAGCCAGGAUGGCUCUGCUCUGCCUCCACGGUCGGAGGCAGAAAUGCUUCUCAGUGCCACCUUAGACGCAGACCUCUCCGCUGGAGGGAUCCCCCAGCGCCGGUGGGCAUUAGAAGUGAUAAAUGCCGCACUCCCUCCAAAAGCAAUUCUAGGAAUCUGCCUCGCCAGGCAGAAACAACAACAAGGUAGGACUUGAACUCUCUUCUUUUGACAGAUAUGGGAUAAACGAGAAGCCUUGGCAAUGAAGCUCGACUUGGUUAUCUCCGUCCUGCGGAACCACAGCCAGACUGUGUCUGCCAAAAUCGUCAAGCCCGUGUUGGAGGAGUACUUGAUGCCCCUCCAAGGGAGACUCGCGAACUGCGUAAGUAGUUUCUCAGCCCCUUUCUGUCCCACUCACCCACGCUGCCCCCAGUUCCACCAGGAAGGGGAAUUUCUAAACCACAUCCCCUUCUCUCAUUCAGAUAAAGCACAAGCCUUCGGAUCACAGAGCCUCCAGUCACCUGCAGGAAUUUAAGGAAAAGCUUCAGACGUUUAACACCACAAAUGUCCAGGUGAGAGCCCGGUGGAUUUCAUCAGGGUGCGAGACAGGACCGGCAAAGAGGGGGUGGAUCUGGGAAAAGCUUUGAGGGUUGGAUAGAGAGGACUGGGUGGGGAGCCUUGCAAAUAGAAUAACAGAAUUUUGGCCACCUCGUGAGAAGAGAAGACUCCCUGGAAAAGACCCUGAUGUUGGGAAAGAUUAAGGGCAUAAGGAGAAGGGGGCGACAGAGGACAAAAUGGUUGGACAGUGUUCUCGAAGCUACCAGCAUGAGUUUGACCAAACUGCGGGAGGCAGUGGAAGACAGGAGGGCCUGGCGUGCUCUGGUCCAGGGGGUCACGGAGCGUCGGAUACAGCUAAAUGACUAAACAACAAAUAGUUGACCGCAGAACAACAUUGCAAUGGUUGACUCACACAGGGCGCAAUAUAACUGUAAUGGAGAAAAUUACAGUGGAACCUUGGUUCUUGAACGGCUUAGUUGAUGAACAAAUCGACUCCCAAACGCCAAAAGUGUUCCAGUUUUCAAACACUUUCCAGAAGCCAAGCGUCCAACACGGCUUUCGCUUGAGUACAGGAAGCUCCUGCAACCAAUCGGAAGGCGCGCCUUGGUUCUCGAACGGUUUCGGGAGUCAAACGGACUCCCGGAACGGAUCAAGUUCAAGAACCAAGGUUCCACUGUGCUCAUAAUUUGAGAUUUCAACAAGGACCAGAACAUCCAGACAAUUUUAAUAUGAUUUGGCAUCCUUUAAUUCCAUAGACAUAAAAGGUAAAGGUAAAAGGACCCCUGACCAUUAGGUCCAGUCGUGGCCGACUCUGGUUGCGGCGCUCAUCUCGCUUUAUUGGCCCAGGGAGCCGGUGUACAGCUUCCGGGUCAUUUGGCCAGCAUGACUAAGCCGCUUCUGGCGAACCAGAGCAGCGCACGGAAACACCAUUUACCUUCCCGCCGGAGCAGUACCUAUUUAUCUACUUGCACUUUGACGUGCUUUCAAACUGCUAGGUUGGCAGGAGCAGGGACCGAACAACGGGAGCUCACCCCGUUGCGGGGAUUCGAACCGCUGACCUUCUGAUCGGCAAAGCCCUAGGCUCUGUGAUUUAACCCACAGCGCCACCCGCGUCCCUUGCAUAGACAUAAGUUGGCAUAAUUUAACAGAUGAUUUGGCAUUAUUCUAUUACAGAAUUUCCAAGACAAGCCUGGCAAGGCCAAUUGUUGCGAUAGGUAUACAGAUGCUCUCGUUCUCAUAUAUUCUCUCUCUCUCUCUCCAUCCCAGCAAUCUCCAGAGUGCCUGGAAGUAGCUGUGGGACUGCAUCUAUAUGGUUUCUUGAACAGAGAUAUAAGGCAAAUCGCCCAGCACCACCAUCACCCACGCCCCUCCUACGACUGAGACCCAGCUCGACCCAAUUGUGCCAACCAAGGACCUCUCUAUCCCACUGUUUCCCCAAAACGACCAGCUGGAACUGGAAGACCACCCGUCCGCAUUCAUCACAACGUUUCCGCCUCCAGAUUUGGACCAAAUGCUUGACUUCCCCACUCAACAGCCCUCCAGCCGUUCUAGACCACAAAUCCCAUCCUUCGCAGCCAGCCUGGACCACAAACGCCCUGGCACAAGAAUGCCUGCAUCCUUUCGGAUUUGCGAAGUUUCAACGCCUGCAUGCAAAGCAUUUGCCAGCAGCCUUCCACACCCGGACCAAGAUGCAAUCCAGAUGCAAUUCUCUUCCGGCAAGAGAAAAGCAAUAUUGCCCAAGGAGGAAAAAAACGAGCGCUUGCAAAUCCUGACGGAACUCUAUUGCAGAAAAUAA